AGUCAAGUUCAAACGCGUUGUUGUGUUGUGUGCAAAGAGUUGUGAGGAAGUUUGAUUCGCAGGGAAAUUUGUAAUAUUUUGGAGUUUUUUGGUUGCGGGGACUGCCAACUUGAAUGCGGUGACGAACGAGUUGAUCUUACCAGCGGGCCAGCAAUGGCGCACUUCCGUUACAUACUUUACACAACCUCCCUCGUACUCUUCACAACAAUACUUUUCACCACAACUGGACCACCAUGCUGUCUUGCGGAAACUUUGAUCUCCGUCGACAGCACUGUGGACCACGAUGAAGCCCUCGAUUCCAACGUUACCGACUUGAUCACCAACCACCACCAGCAACUACCCCGGCCAAUUGUGACCCCGUUGGACACCAGCCAGGUUCAACCGAAGCGCAUGAAACACAAAGUGACCAUCAAAAGGCGGAAAAAUGGUAGCAAUAGUCAUCAAGCUGGAAGAAACAAGACCACAACUACAACCUCAACCUCCGGAAGCAACAAGAACUCCCGUCCGAAAAAGUCCAAGCGAAAGCCCACCAUGCAAAGUGCACUGCAGACGGCGGCCCGGAAGGGCCUGGAAGCGAUGGUCGAGCUGUUUGAUCGGCAAGAACCGGAAAUGCUGCGAAAAGGGGAUGUUCUCGAGCCCAACGAUCCCGGAGCGAUGCUGGCCAAGUUUAGCUCGUCAGAUGAAACGCCGGAACAUAUUGGGAAGGCCGGCUAUGCGGCCCUAGUGGCGGCCAAGCAGCUGAAGGAAAGCACCAACGUCGAGUAUGUGGCCAUCGGACGGCAGGCACCGCCCAAGAUAUCCCUCAAGAGGACCCCGCUGGAGGGGAUGUGUCCAUCGCGGGACCCGCCGCCGUGCGUUCCGGCCAGCCGCCGCUACCGGACCCACGACGGGACGUGCAACAACCGGAAGCGACCGCGCUGGGGUUCGGCCCAGAUGCCCUUUCAUCGGUUCCUGGCGCCCGAGUACGCAGACGGAGUGGAGGGAAUCAGACGUUCCAUCCACAACGCCCAGCUCCCGUCGGCCCGCUUCGUCAGCCUGGUCGUGCACGGCACCCGCCAGGAGGAAGCCCCCGUCACGAUGAUGCUCGCGCUGUGGGGUCAACUGCUCGAUCACGACCUGACCGCAACCGCCCAACCCCGCAGCCUCAACGGCUCGACCCCGCGCUGCUGCGGCAAAUCCGACGACGAUCUGCACCCGUCCUGCCUUCCGAUCAAGGUUCCGCUGGACGACCCGUGGCUUUCGCCGUUGGGCGUCCGCUGUCUGGAGUUUUUGCGAUCGGCACCGGCCCAACGGCGGGACUGCUUGCUUUCCUGGAGGGAGCAGACCAACCAGGUGACUUCGUACAUUGACGCGUCGCCGAUUUACUCGAGCAACCCGCGGACGUCGGACAAUGCGCGGAUCUUUAGGAGUGGACUGUUGCUGUUUGGACGGGGACCACCGAGUGAGGACGUUUGCUUCCGGGCAGCGCUGGCGAAUCAGUGCAUUAGGCCGGGGGACGCUCGGAGUGGUGAGCAGCCGGGACUGUUGAUGUUGCACAUGGUUUGGGUGAAUGAGCACAACCAGAUCGCGACACGGCUGUCGGAUAUUAAUCCGCACUGGAGCGACGAGAAGUUGUACCAGGAGACGAGACGGAUCGUGGGGGCGAUGUUCCAGCAUGUGACGUAUCGGGAGUUUUUGCCGGUGAUUUUGGGGAAGGAGGUUUCGAGACUGUUCAACUUGGAGCUUGAGACGAGCGGGUUCUAUAAGGGGUACGACCCGGGGGUGAAUCCAACGGUGGCGAACGAGUUUUCGGCGGCGGCGUUCCGCUUUGGGCACUCGUUGAUUCAGGGGUCUUAUAUGCGGGCGGAUCGACACCACCGGUUUAUUCUGAACAACGUGACGUUGCACGAGGAGACGGCGGACGGUGAUCUGGGGGGACCCGGGUCGUUGCAUCGGCUGGUGCGCGGGAUGGUCAAUCAGAGGGCGCUGAAGCGGGACGAGUUUAUCACGGCAGAACUGACGAACCAUCUGUUUCAAACGAGAAGUUUCCCGUUUGGACUGGACUUGGCAGCGAUCAAUAUCCAGCGAGGUCGCGAUCACGGCAUUCAGCCGUACGUCAACUGGCGGAUUCCUUGCGGACUGACGCCCAUCAAGAACUGGGAAGAUCUGGACCGGGUUUCCGGUCCAGCGUCGGCGCAUCGAUUGCGCAAGGCGUACCGCUCCGUUGACGAUAUCGAUCUGUUUGUGGGAGGUCUGGCGGAGCGGCCGGUCGUUGGGGGUAUCGUAGGACCCACGUUCUCCUGUAUUAUUGCUCAGCAAUUUAGCAAUCUUCGCAAGGGGGAUCGGUUCUGGUACGAAAACCCCGGGUUCGAGUCCUCGUUCACGCCAGCCCAGCUGGAAUCUAUCCGCCAGGUGGCGUUUUCACAGGUUCUGUGCCGUGCACUGGGAGGGGGAACCUUGCAACCCCACGUCUUUCUACCGGCAGACAACGGACAGAACGAACGACUCCCUUGCGACUCGAAACUGAUGGCACCGAUCGACCUGGAACCGUGGACAGAACGUGAUCCCUUUACCAGACCGAAUGACUCACCCAACGAACCCGCCACUGGACAGAGUGACAACCUGAUUGACCUCGAUGCGCUACAGGCGAUCGUAUCCUCAACCACCACGACCAGACGAACCCCACUGCCGACCAAAGCAGCGAACGUGAUCAACAAAGUCGACUUUAUACCGAACGGACACACCGGACUUCAAAUACCUUCCAACGGACAGAUCGUACUGAACUCGCCGAGACCGCAGACUACAGUCGUGAACAAUAAACUAGACCUGAACCUUGGAACGCAACCGACCCCGCAGAACAAACCUACGACGGCGAUCGACAACAAACUUGACCUCACAACCGUACCGCCAAAACGUAAACCAACCCGAAAGACCACACCAAAACGAAGACCAACUCCGUCCAGCAACCUAGUUGUAAACAACCUCGACUUUAGCUUGAAACGUGACUCGCUUGACAAUACAACCGCUGACGAAACCGUACGACACCGACGUGACGUGACUUUCAUAAACCUCUCGAAACUGUUUACACGGGAAGACAACGCGACCUUGCCCAAGAACAACCCCGCACUUCGACGUGGCUACUAUCCGGCACCUCCGGAUCCACCCUCCGACUACGACGACGUCAACAACUACGACUACGGAGACGGACCAGUGUACGUAAAACCCGGCUACGGAUACGAACCUCCCGCGACUGAACCACCCCCACAGAACCCUUACUACUACCCGGCGACGGAGGAACCUCCACCACAACCACCCUACUGUGGCUACAACUGCUACCAACCGCCCAUGACCACGUACAACCCGUACGGACUGGACACACGCAAACCGGCACGAACGACUCCCAAACGAGGACAACCCAGCAAGAUCAUUACCCCGAACAAUGACUAUGACCCACAGAAGCGACGAACGACCCCGAGACCUCAACCACCUCAACAGCAACAACAACAACAACGCACGACAACCCAACGCACCGUUAUACAAAGACCCGGACUUGUAGUAAUAAAUGACGUUCGACCACCAACCAACAACAACAACCGACCAAACGACAAGCCUAUCUUUCUAUCACCUUCUUCUUCUUCCUCUUCACCUUCCGCUUCUCUCAACUCUUUCCCUCAAAGCUCUAAGAACCCUUCACCGUCUUCUGCCUCUCAGUCUGUCUUUUCCGUCGACCCUCGACCUCAGUUUUCCUCUUCACGACCUCAACCUCAACCUCAAUCUGUCCCUUCGCCUAUCUUCUCUCAGAAAAAGCCCAACUUUAAAAAACCCCCGAAAGAACUCCGCACCGACCUGCCGACCCGAAUCGACGCCAAACAUGACUACGACUACGACAGCUUGAUACCGGACGGACUGACAUCCAACAUUGACGAACACGACGGCUACCUGCGACCGGAACAGAACGCGUACGAACCACUGAAAAAGACCCCGGACCUGGAAACGUACCGCAACUACAGCGCAUUCAACAACGUCGACCGACGCCGACAGACGGCGGCACCGUACGAGGUGCCCACGGGACGCGUACUCUGGACCGACGGACGCGACCUGGGACGGUACGCGGAAGCGUACCAACUGCACGAAACCGACGACCGACGGGACCAAUUUGUGGGACCGUACAUUGACCAGACGGGACACGACACGACCACCGACUCCGCUGAUCAAACGACCAACGUUACGGAACGGAACGAUACCGAAGACGAUGACGACAAAGUAGACGAGACGAUUCUUACCGAGGACGUUGAAGAAGACGCGAUCAGUACGAAACUAGACCUGACCGACGACUUCCCGGACAUCCACGCACGAACCUCCCACAAGGACACGAUACACGCGUUACUGGACGUCGACUCGGACAACGCUAACGAACUGCCGAAACUACCACGAUUUGACCAGCCAGACUCCGACGACGACGUCGACGCAACUCGACCAAGCUCUACGACAAGACGCACGACGUCACGCAAACGACGGCCGACCCGACCAAAACGACCCACGAACCACGCCACGACAAACGACCGACGACAGCCGGGAAUUGCACUGGUUCCCUUCGUGCUACUAACGAGUAUUGAACGACCGGACAACUGGGUGAUGUUCAAUGUGGCCAAGUCGAAGAAGCGCAAUCCGCUGCCGGAAGUGCCGCAGCUGAAGAGCGACGUCUUUUCGCUGAGCGAACUGCCGAAGCCGAUCGCCGAGGAGGAUUGACCACCUGACUGACGCUUGAGACUGAGACUGACACAAAACGAAGACAGACAAAAAGUGACAACUUGAAGACGUGAACGUACGAGGAUGACUGGUGACUGAAUUGAUGUGAACGUCGACUGACUUGACUGACAUGGCUGACGAUUGACGACUGACAAUUUGACUGAUGUGACUGAUUGACUGAAACACGCCCAACAUGAAAAAAUGACUUGAAACUGAUUCCAUAACUGCAUUUUAAUCUUUAUACUCACAAACAACUGCAAUGUUUGGACAGACGUUUUGUUAUCAACUAUUUAUUUAUUUAUUUAUAUUUAUUAAAGAAUAUUAUAACCUA